ACACGCAGUAAUGGCAGCCACUACUCUGAACGUGGACAGUGUUAUAGAACCUUUAGAGGACUCUUUAUCAAAACUUGGAUUAGAAGUUUACCCUCUCAAGGUUGGUUGGUACAACUCGUUGCUGCCUGCUUCAUUCCACCUGAGUUAUCCAGAUGACAGCCUGGCUGUGGUGGUGCUCAGCACUCCUGCUAUGUUUGAACUGGCCUUCCUGCCAUUCAUCGAGGAGCAGCGCUUCCAGGGACUGAGGGACCCCAUAGACCAGUGUGUCAAACACUGUGUCUCCGGUGCUGUCUCACAGUGUUUUCCUGGACAGAAGGUGGAUGUGAGGUAUGACUACGAGCUGCUGCCCAGCAGAAAGCCAAGAUUCCUGGCACAGACUGCGGCUCAUGUGUCUGGAGCAGCUUUCUACUAUCAGCAGUCCGACGUCACCGAUCAACCCUGGGCUGACAGAAAAAUGUUUGGGGUUUGCGUGCAUCCAAGGUUCGGGGGCUGGUUUGCCAUCCGAGCUCUGCUGGUGUUUGAAGAUGUGACACUGGGCCCAGAGACUGUGCAGCCGCUUCCUCCUGACUGUGUUCCGACCCGAGACGGCAGGAUACAACUGCUGGAGGCUUUCAACUUUCGCUGGCAGGACUGGGGUUACAGGGACGUCGUCUGUCCAGUGCAGACAUACUCACAGAAACAGAGGGACUAUUUCUCCACUCCUCCUGCUCAGCGCUUUGCUCUGCUCAGGACAUGGGGUUUCCUGCCAAGGGAAGAACAUCAGCCUGAAACCAACACAGAUGCACAGAGUGAGGUGAGCGGACAUGGCUAAGAGCGAGGAACAACUGCAGUGUGACACAUUAAAGGCAAAAACCUGGAAAUUGUGUGGAGAAUACCAACAUUCAAAAAGCAUUGGGGGUAACUGGAGAGAGGGAGUUGGAUGUUUUAGGCAGCGCGCCCUACCACCGACAUCAUCUUCCAGUACAAUCCUGAGACUUGCAGCUUCGAUGCCAUGGGUCACUGAAGUUCUGGCAUCACGUGACAGAGAUUCUGUAUGUUUUUCCUUUUAUUUGCCUCCUGUAUCAUCUGUGUUAUCCCUCCACUCUGAGCACAAACUCCUCUAUGUCUCAGACUUUUAUUUAAAUUGUGAUUUAACUGACAACCUUUUCCAGAAUAUGAGGGAAAGUUCACUGCUGUGUGGCUGUGACUACUUGCAUUACUUUAAAUACUACAUUAUAUUUGCUCUUGUAAAAGCAAACUCCUUUUAUUUUGUCAUUUUACAUGAUAAUGACUGUAGUCAUACAUAUUAUAUGAAAGCACUGGUAAGGACUGUUUAAGGCCAAUUAGCUGUCACCUGAAAAGACAGUUACAUUUUACAGAGUGAAAAGAUGUGUUGUGUAGUUUCAGAGCUACUGCAAAUGUGGAACCAACAUUUAAAUGUACCAACGAUCAGUCCUGCUCAACAAACCUGAAGAAACAACAAUCAAAAGUAAAAUAUCUUUUCUCCA